AAGGCGGGGGGGAGAGAGGCAGUGCCGCCGCCAUUUUGUUGUACGGCAAACGAGGGGAAAUGGUGUCUGGCGAGGUGACGUCCUUCCGGCGGCGCUGAGGCGCGCAGUUUGAGCGCCGGUUGCUAUGAUUGUCCCUGCGUGGGGCCAGCCCGGGUGCUAGACCUGCCCUUGGCGCUUCUCGGAGUCCCGGUGCAGCAGCAGGAGGAAGAGGAAGGUGCCCUGAGGAAGACCUCUCACUGUCCCCACGUCAUCACUUCCCAGGAGACACAGCCUGGCUGGACAGGGCUGACACAGAGAGUGACGAGGGAAGAUGGAGGAAGGGAAAGUGUCUUCACCAGGGGGGGUGUUCGCUCACCUGGAGUUGCUGGAGGCACAGGCUUCCGAGGCAGCCGUGAAGCAGGAGGAGAAGGAGCAGCAGGAGGAGAAGCUGGCCAGGCUGAGAGCGAGGGUGCAGGAGCUGAGGCUCCAGAGGGAUAAGCUGAAGGCUAAACUGGACCUUCAGCAAAAAGAGCAACUUGGGAAAGAAGGAGUCGUGUCGCACCCGGCCCAGCCCAGCCCUCGAGCUGUUUUAGAGUGGAAGAUAAAAAGCGUUAAGUCCAUGCUGCAGAUCUUCUACCUCACAGGGAUCAGUGGGAAGCUGACCAAGCGGGGGGUGUGUUUCUGCAUCAGCACGGCUUACGAGGGCACCUACUUGGAUUCCUACCACCUGGACCUCCUCACCAAGCCAGAGGUGCAGAUUUCCCGUCACUCCCUCCCCACCUUCAUCCCCCUGCAGCAGAUUGCCAAGAAAUACUUGCAGACGGACAUCAGGCGCUUCUUCACCGUCCUGGCCGACCACCUCAACGCUUACGUGGGGAGGAGAUACCAGGCAGACCAGUUACAGGAACACUUCUCAGACCAGAUAGAAGGCACCUUGCAGAGGAACUCCUUGUGUAAUUUGCUGGUCUUUAAUUACAACGUGUCAAGUAAAAGCAAGACCUUUCCCUUCCACGCGAGGCUGCUCUACGGAGAUCUCUGCUGCAGCCUCCCCACUGAAGUCGUCGUCUCCUGCACACCGGAUGCUCCGGCAGCUCUAGCGGAGAUGGCAGCAGCUCACACAGACCUGUUUCGCCACGUGGCCCUGCACAAAGCCUUCUCCUCCUUCAGCAGCAUCGAAGAAAGCUUGGUUGGAGCUCUGUAACCCCUGCCCUGGCUCUCCCCAAAACACAGAUAUUUCCCAUGGACUGCAGCCCUGCUGCUGGAAACCCCCCCAAGGAGGAACGGGCCCGGUUUGAGUCCGGAGAGCGAUGAUUCAUUCCUCCAGGCUUUCGUGUCUCUUGUUGCAGGUAAUUUUUCCUCAGCUCUGUGUUUCUCACUUCUUUGAGCUCCAAUCUCUGAGGCUGGUGCCACAGAACUCCACAGCUGCAGGGAAACAUCUCCCAGUUGGGAUCAGAAACUGUGUUAAACCUUCAAGAUCUGGGUGUUUUGGGGGGCAGUGCCCUAUGGAGCAGCACCGUGAGUGUAUCCAGCACGAAAUACUCUAUGCUCUGCUGCCAAGAAGGGACUUCAGGUGAGAAGCUGGAGGGUGGUGGAAGGACAGAGGUGAGGUUUAGUUACUGCCAGUGCCCUCGUGUGGGCUGCAUUACCCCCCCAAAGCAUUAAACACUGAACUUUAUGGAAAUUAAACUGAAAUUUCACACCAGCAGAGGCUUUUCACGUGCUAUUUCCUUCCCUUCAGGCACGGGGCAGCUUUUGCUGGUGUCCCCUUGUUGUGCUUCAAGCCUGGAUCAAAUCUCUAAAACCUUACUGUUUUGUCACAGUGCUUUUUAAACUCAUUAAUAAACCUUCAGUGUUACUGAAAUCGCGCUGGUUAAAAAUAUCUUCUGUUAAUGUCCUUGUUGGUUUAGAAUAGAAGGGGGUUUAAAUGACAAUAUAUGUAUAACGGGGUUUAAAUGACAGUGUUUU